AUGUCAGUGAACAGUAUGGAUGAAAUUUUAUUUUCAAACAAUCAGCAACAUUUGCUGAACUUUUGGAAAGAUUUAUCAGAGGACGAACAAGAAUCGUUUUUAUGCCAACUAGAAACAAUAAAUUUUAAAGAAGCCAACCACGUAUUCAACAGGGCCCAAAGUUAUAUUUUUGAAGGAAUUCAAAAAUUGGACGAUCACCUGAAACCAGUACCACCGCACAAAUUUGAAGCCGAAUUAGAAAUAGAUGCCGCUGUUUUAGACAAAUAUUAUGUAGAAGGGUUAAAACAAAUAUCAAAAGGGCGUGUUGGUGUAAUUUUACUAGCUGGAGGACAGGGUUCCAGGCUAGGAGUGACCUACCCGAAAGGUAUGUUUCCUAUUGAUUUACCUUCUGGAAAAACCCUUUUUCAAAUACAGGCUGAAAGGAUAAAGCGUAUACAAAAAGUAGCGGAAGAAAAAUUCGGAAAAGUGGGAAAGAUAUGUUGGUUUAUAAUGACAAGUCAGGCCACUCACGAAUCCACAGAGCAUUAUUUAGAAAAGCAUUCAUAUUUUGGUCUUAAUAAAGAAGAUGUAGUUCUUUUCCAACAAGGUUUAUUGCCAUGUUUUAGUUUCGAUGGAAAAAUUAUCUUAGAUGAAAAACACUCAGUGGCCUUGGCACCAGACGGUAAUGGAGGAAUUUAUAAAGCUUUAAGGAAAAAUAAAAUUUUAGAAUUUAUGAGGAAAAGAGAAAUAAAGUAUGUUCAUGUCCAUAGUGUGGAUAAUAUACUGGUGAAAGUUGCUGAUCCAAGUUUUAUAGGUUAUUGUGUAAAGAAAGGAGCAGACUGCGGAGCCAAAGUCAUACCUAAAGAAACACCCAACGAAGCUUUAGGAGUAGUUUGUGAAGUCGACGGAAAAAUUCAAGUCGUCGAAUACAGUGAAAUAACCGAUAAAACUGCUAGUCUUCGAGACGAGGAUGGAAAUCUCGUCUUUCGCGCUGGAAGCAUUUGCAAUCAUUUCUUCACCACUGACUUUCUGGAAAAGGCUGCAAAUCUUUACGAGAAAGAACUCAAGCCUCACGUAGCCAAGAAAAAAAUUCCCUAUAUCGACGAAAAUGGUAAAAAAAUCCAACCGUCAAUACCAAAUGGUGUUAAGAUCGAAAAGUUUAUAUUCGACGUAUUCGAGUUUUCUGAAAACUUUGUGACCUGGGAAGUGCCUAGAAACGCUGAAUUUAGCCCACUUAAGAAUUGUGAAAACGUUCAUAAAGACUGCCCUUCGACUUGCCGAAGGGAUUUGUUCGAGCUGCACAAACACUAUGUUAAACAAGCAGGAGGAAUCGUAUCGUGUGUUGAAUUGGAAAUAUCUCCUCUUCUAUCUUACGCGGGGGAAAACUUGGAGGACCGAGUUAAGGGGAAGGUUUUUGACACACGAACUGUACUUUUUUCCGACGAAGAAACCGUUUAUAACGGUUUAAAUGGUUUUAAAAAGUGUAUAAUAUGA